UUGUUUUUAAACUCAUGAUCUAGUAUUGUACUGCCCAACACCGAAUACAUGCUCUAUAUUUCAGAUCCGUGUAAUGCUCACAAGAGUUUCUUGUUUAUGAUGUGUUGACCUUUUUGCAGACGCAGUACCUCUGUGAAAAUCUUCUAAGGUUAGUCUCAGACUAUUUCUCCCUCUUUAUUUUGUUUUCAGAGUUGUGAUACUUUAGUAGAUCAUAAUGGAAGCUGCAAGUAUUGCAUCAACCGGAAUAGUUCUUGAAGUUCUUACAAGAGAAAAUUACUUGGAUUGGAGUGCACUUGUGAAGAAUUACUUGAUCGGCAAAGAUCUAUGGGACGACAUAGUUGAGGGUAAUCUCGAUGCUCAACAUUCGGAUUGGAAAUCAAAAAAUGGUCAAGCUUUACAUGCUAUUCAACUCUCAUGUGGUCAUUAUACUCUUGGCCAGAUAAGAAAUUGUGUAACAGCACAAGAGGCCUGGAAUCGGUUAAAGGCCGCUUUUAGCGAAAAUUUAAAUGCAGACCAAGAUAUUGAGCAAGGAGGUCUUCAAACUGACAUUGACAAGUUUCAUGUGGCACUGAAGAAAGGCAUGUGGAAUGAUGCAAUUCUGUUUAUCAGCCAAGAUGGAGAUAUUAUUUCUCAAAAGUCGUCCUCGAAAGGCUGGACUUCUCUUCAUGUUGCAGUUGAUGCAGGACAAGAUAAAAUCAUGAAGGAGUUGGUUGAAAUGGGGGCAUUGCUGACAGAGGAAGAUUGGGAGGGCUACACACCUUUUGCUCUUGCUGUUAAAUCAACCGACGAUAUUAAAAUUGUCGAGUGGAUGCUUAACAAAGGAGGAAAUGAUCUACUAACCAUGAAAAUCAAAGCUGAUGACGAUAAGGGUGACAUUCCAGUACUUCUAGCCGCAACCAAGGGACACAAAAAAGUGACUAGAUUUCUUUUUUCCAAGACUCGAUGGUUCACGCUACUCGACAACAAUUGUUAUUAUGGUGCUAAACUUCUUUCGCAUUGCAUUCAUGCACAAAUAUUUGAUGUUGCAUUAGCAUUAAUACAACAUGAUGGUACACAAAUACCCCUUAGUUAUGAAUCUCGUGAAUGUAAACGGCCUAUAUAUGGAUUAGCUCAUACCCCUACCGCAUUUCCCAGUGGAACCAAACUUAGUUGGUUUGGAAAGAUUUUUUACAAUGUUUUGUGGAUACCACCCUACAUAGACCAUGAAGACAAAAGAAUAAAAAUUGAAUCACAGGAUGGAGGAUCUAGUACAUAUACUUUUUUUCCAGGUAGUAUUAAGAGGUUACACGAGAUAAAAAGGAAUCAUUACCUAGUACGUGAUAUUCUAAGAGGUUUUUGUGAAAAAAUUGAGAAAAUAUCAUCAGAAUCAGCAGAGUUACAUCAAUGGUCAGUUGACGAUGCUAUGUUACAAGCAGCCAAGCAUGGAACUUUAGAGUUUAUAAAUUCAAUGAGGGAAGCAAAUCCUGACCUUUUAUAUGCUAUGGACAAAAACAAAAGAGGUAUAUUUGCACAUGCAAUUUUAAAUCGUAAAGCCAGUGUCUUCAGACUCGUAUAUAAGAUUGAAGGCCAUGAAGGGUUGAAAACAUCCAUAGACAUAUUUGGAAACAACUUACUCCACCUUGCAGCUGAAUUAGGCCCUUCCUCUUAUCGUGACCGUCGAUCCAAUGCUGCUCUUCAAAUGCAAAGAGAACUUCAAUGGUUUCAGAUGGUAGAGAGCAUUGUGCCUCCGAUGUGCCAAGAAGCUAAAAAUGCAGAUGGUCUAAAGCCUCGUGAAUUAUUUAAGAAAAAUCAUGAGCAGCUUGUGAAUGAAGGUCGACAAUGGGCGAAAGAUAUAGCGAGUUCUUUCACAAUUAUGGGUACUCUUAUUAUUACCAUCAUGUUUGCUGCAGCUUUCACUGUUCCAGGAGGAAACAAUCAAGAUAAGGGCACACCUAUCUUCUUAGGUAGAAAUGCAUUCUCUUUCUUUAUCAUAUCAGACGCAUUAUCUCUCACUGCAUCUUCAUCAUCCGUUUUAAUGUUUAUUGGGGUCCUUAUAUCACGUUAUACUGAGGAAGACUUCGUCACAAGUUUGCCAAUUAAGUUAUUGUUUGGCCUUUUCACAAUUUUCUUGUCUGUGGUAUUCAUGAUGUGUGCUUUUUGUGCUGCACUUGCUCUCAUGCUCAAGGGGUACCGAUGGAUCAUAAAAGCAGCAAUAGUAUCUUCAAUUAUUCCAAUCUUAGUGUUUAUGUUCACGCUCUUGCGACUAUUUUUAGAGGUUUGCACUUCUUUUGUAAAAUCUUGUUUCCUCGGAAAGAAACAAAAAUUUAUAAGACGGUUGUGUUACUUAUGA